AUGUUCCUUCUUUAUUCAUUUCUGAUUGUGGGAACUAAGCUACAUCUGAUAACAGGUUUAUUUAUAGUGACUGUUCCAAAGGAGCUGUAUACAGCAGACUAUGGUAGCAAUGUGACAAUGGAGUGUAAUUUUGAUGCUGGUGGACAAGUGGACAUUAGAGCAUUAAGAGUCACUUGGGCAAAGGAAGAAAGGAAAAUUGUAAGUUUUCCUAGUAAGCAGAACGACCUGGAAAUUCACAGUGAACACAAUGGAAGAAGAAUGACACUGUUAGAGGACCAACUGUCCCUCAGGAGGGCUUUGCUUCAUAUUAGGGAUGUCCAAAUAAUGGAUGCUGGCCAGUACCACUGCCUGCUUUUCUAUAGGGAAGCUGGUGACUACAAAUAUGUCACUCUGCAAGUAAAAGCUUCCUACAAGCCAAUAAAUACCCAAGUCUUCGGGGUCCCAGGAAGCAAUGAAAUGGAGCUUACCUGUCAAUCUAAAGGCUAUCCUCUGGCAGUGGUAUCCUGGGUAAACAUCAGUGAACCUGUUAAUACCACUUACUCAAAGACUCCUGAGGGCCUCUAUUACAUCACCAGUGUCCUGAGGCUAAAAGCAAACACCCAUAGGAACGUCACCUGUGAAUUCUGGAAUCAAGCUACCCAAGAAAGGACGUCUGCUAUCAUGAACACUGUUUUAGAUUGGAAGAACUUUUCAGAUAGAAAAUUACCUCUAACUUACGUUUUCAUUCCCACCUGCAUCAUCAUCUUGAUUUUUGUGGUGGCCCUGAUAUCCCUUAGAAGACGGCUCUGCCCAAAGUUCUCUCACAGAACCGGUCUGAACCUGUGAUCUCAAGAGCUGGAAAUUUUUGGAUUUGACAAAUUUAAGAGACAUGAAUUAAAGACUAAUGAGUAAUUCAGUUUGCUACACCUGCAGCUUGCACUUUUCAAAAAG